UGCUUACUACACUUCAUACAUAAGUCAUUGUCGAGUUAAAUAGUGUGAAACCAUAUGGCUUUACAGUUCAUGAAAAUCUUGUGUAGUUUAAUCCUCCUAAGUUUAAUACCUAAUUAGAUCGAGCAGCUGUAAUUAGUGCUACUUCCGGUUAAAGUUUUUUUGAAGUAUUUUGUAAAAGCUUGACCUCACCUUACUUCUACCUUAACUCUGUGCUAUAUAAAUAUGUCUUAUUAACAUUUUAAUGUUACAGUCAGGUUGCUUUGUAAUAAGAUCAAUAGUCCAUGGCAAAUCAACAUGACCAAGCAAAAAGUGACAAGUUAUGAAACCUGAAAUCUGUUUUGUAAUCCUUUUUUUUUUUUUUUACACUGAACAGUAUAAUGCAGGGAAAAUUGUUUCUUUUUUUCCGUGUCACAACCAUCUGUCAUAACAUACCUCGCCCCACUAAAACCAUCCCUCCCUUAACCACCAGACUUAUUUAAAAUCAGACACAAUUCCUGAUGAAUGCGACUGUAACAGCCUAAGAUCAUCUCCAAAUGACUGGAUGUAAAACAGACGGCAAAACAACAGGAAAUCUGAUGUUACGGUUGGGGUUUGGGAACAUCUUUAACUAGAAAGAGAGUAAAGAGGCAGGAUUCAGUUGAGGGACAGAAACACUCGUCUGAUAUGAGGCCGUCUGUGUUUUUCUAUGUCACCUACGUGCUGUGCCUGUGUUUGGGCCUGCUCUGUCUGCUGUUUGUGAGCUGCUGGAGGUCACACUGGCGAGGCGGUUUCUCCUGGGAUGGUACAGCUCAGCAGUUCAACUGGCAUCCUGUCCUCAUGGUGUCUGGGCUGCUGGUUCUGUACGGCAAUGCGGUUGUUGUGUAUCGUGUACCGUUCACCUGGAAGCAGAAGAAGCACACCUGGAAGCUGGUGCAUGCUGGGCUGAUGCUUUUGGCUCUGCUUCUGUCCGUCCUGGGCCUGUGUGCUGUGUUUGACUUCCACAGAGGCGUCCACAUCCCUGACCUGUACUCUCUGCACAGCUGGGUGGGCAUCUGUACUGUGGUAAUGUUUACAUUCCAGUUGGUGCUUGGUCUGGCUGGCUUCUUGCUUCCUUGUUCUCCGCUGUGGUUCCGUAGCACCCUGAAACCUGUCCAUAUCUGGAUGGGAAAAGCAAUCUUGAUCCUCAGUCUGACCUCCUGCAUCAGUGGUAUCAAUGAGAAUCUGCUCCUUACUCUUAAUGGAACAAAUGGUGAACCUUACAACUCACUGCCUAUGGAAGCAAAGUUUGCAAAUUCCCUCGGCAUCCUCAUUGUGGCCUUUGGAUUGUUUGUCUUUGGCAUCCUGUCCAUAAACAAAUGGCAGAGGCCGGAAACAGAUCGUGAAAAUGUUCAUCUUCUGCUGACUGAAGACAGCACAUGAAAACACUUGAUACACUGCAGGAAACAUCAGCGUGCCAUGACACAGGUUUUCAUUCCAACCGGAUGAAAACUGCACUGGAUUUCACUGAUUAAUAUGUUUACAAAGAAUAUACGAAAACCUUGUUUUACUGUUAAAAACUGAUUGAUGACUUUCCAUUUUGUUUGAAUGUUGUUUGAAGUUUUGUUGAAAGAACUAUUGCUGACUUGUGAUGACCUAUGUAAAAGCAACAUCUAGUGAAUCUUUCUCUUAUGCAGAGCUGAAUUAAGUUUUUUCAGUGACAGAAAUGCAUGUUCAGUAUCAUUGUGACAGCUUCACAAAAAGGCUUGUAUCUCUAAUGUCCAACAUAUGGUUUGUUAUAGAGGUUGAAACAAUAA